AUGCCGGGAUACGCCAAAUUCAUGAAAGAGCUAGUUACAAUGAAAAUGAGGUUGGAUUAUGAAACUAUUGAAGUACUCUAUAGUUGCAGCACAAUUAUGACAAAAGAGCUAAUCGCUAAGAGAGAAGAUCCUGGGGCAUUCACCACCCCGUGCACCAUUGGUAUGCUCCAAUUUGGUAAAGAUUUGUGCGAUUUAGGAGCAAGCAUCAACUUAAUGCCAUAUGCAAUAUACAAACAACUUGAUCGUGAGAUCAAUGCUGAAAUCCCCAUUAUUUUGGGAAGACCAUUCUUAGCAACUGAGAGGGCAUUGAUGGAUGUCGAAAGCGGGAAAUUGAAGUUCUGGCCAAGCGAUCUCUAUAUGGUGUCAACUGAGGAUGUUAUAGAUGAAGCGGUGGAAAGUGUGAGCCAUUUGAUGCGAAAGAAUGAACCCCUUGAAUCUGUGCUUGCUAUUUAUGAUAAAUCCAAAGUUCAGGGCUAUGACGAAUUGGUAGCUGCCUUAUCGAGAUUAGGAGUAUAUUCAAGGAAUCCAAUCAAGUUGGAUAUCGACUUGAAAAACAGAGAAAGUCCUCUUGCAAAGCCAUCAACUGAGGAACCGCCAAAUCUGGAGUUAAAAACACUACCCUCUCAUCUCAAAUAUGUCUUCUUGGGAGCCAAUAAUACUUUACCCGUGAUUAUCGCAGCUGAAUUUCUUGAAAGGCAGGGGAACUUUCUGGUGAAGUACUGCAGAAACAUAUAA